CCGCGAGCUCUCACUUCGUCGUCGUCGCCGCGUACGCAUAUAUGCACAUCCAGUAGUAGACCUUUGCGCUCUCUCCAGCCCAGCCGGCCGGCCACUGCCGUACCGUCGAGCUAGUUGGUUGUUGGAGACCGGGCAGUGAGUGAGUGAGUGAGCGAGCGGCGGCGGAGGCCAUGGGAUUUCUGGGGAAGAGAGUGGUGGAGGACGUGAAGCCGUACGUGAUGAUGGUGUUCCUGCAGUUCGGGUACGCCGGGAUGUACAUCGUCUCCGUGGCCUCCAUGAAGCGCGGCAUGAGCCACUUCGUGCUCGUCACCUACCGCAACCUCGUCGCCACCAUCCUCAUGACGCCCUUCGCACUCUACUUCGAGAGGGGAGCGAGGCCCAAAAUGACGGUGCCCAUUUUCAUCAAGGUCUGCGGCCUUGCGUUCCUCGAGCCUGUGCUUGACCAGAACCUGUACUACCUGGGCACCAAGUUGACCUCCGCCAGCUUCUCCUCCGCGCUGGUCAACAUCCUCCCCGCCGUCACCUUCCUCAUGGCCAUCAUUCUCAGGAUGGAGAAGCUGAGGCUCCGGAGCCGGCACAGCCAGGCGAAGGUGAUGGGCACGAUCUGCACCGUGACGGGGGCCGUGCUGAUGAUCAUGUACCACGGCCCCGUCGUGCGGUUCCCGUGGUCUCCCCGUGGCCUGCACCACGGCGACGCCUCCGCGGCGGCCGCGGCCGCCGCCCAGAGCAGCGGCACGUGGCUCAAGGGCACCAUCACGGUGAUCGGCAGCUGCGUCGCCUGGGCCGGCUUCUUCGUGCUCCAGUCCAACACGCUCCGCAGCUACCCGGCCCAGCUCUCCCUCACCUCCCUCAUCUGCGUCGUCGGCACCACCAUGAGCGGCUCCGUGGCGCUCGUCGCCGAGCGCCGGGACAUGUCCGCCUGGAAGAUCGGCUUCGACACCCGCCUCUUCACCGUCAUCUACUCCGGCGUGGUGUGCUCCGGCGUGGCGUACUACGUGCAGGGGCUGGUGACGAAGACGCGCGGGCCGGUGUUUGUGACGGCGUUCCAGCCCCUCUGCAUGAUCAUCACCGCCGUGCUGGGCUCCACCCUUCUCAAAGAAGAGACCACCCGAGGAAGUGUGAUUGGCGCGGCGAUCAUAGUGGUGGGCCUCUACUCCCUCAUCUGGGGCAAGAGCAACGACGUGGACCUGGACAACGAGAAGCCGGCCGCCCAGAAGCUGGCGCUGCCGCUGACUACGGUCGCCAACGGCAACGGCGCCAACCAUGGCGCUGCUGGCAACGGCAGCAGGCAUGUCUGCGGCGGCCAGGUCGCCCACGACGCCGAGACUCCGGCGCCGGCGCUGAAGGGUGUCUGCUACUAAUUAAUCAAGCUCAAUCAACGCAAGAAUUACUGCAUGCACGUGGAUACGUACUGCACGCACGUAGUACGUCUUAAUUAGAGUUUCAGGGGGUACGUACGCGCGUCAUGAUUUUUAUUUAGAUUCUUACUUACAUGUAAUGCAAGUUGCAAACUGGAUAAACCUGUACCAUGUAAUAGUGCUGCUGCUUCGCUGCGCCACCGUACGUGGAGUUUGGUGAAUUUAACUGUUUUUAUUAUUUUGCUUCGUCACUCACUUGAGCAUCAGUCUCGCGUGUAAUCCGCUUAAUUCGAUCUACCACACCACUAAGUACGAGAUUUUACCCUUUGCAA